GCGAGACGCACGUUAUAAAACCAGAGCUCGACGUGGGAUGGGAAAGAGCGAAGAAUCUAGAAAGUGCGGAUCAGUGAACUUCGAACCAGAGAUAUGCAGCCUUCCAAAUCCAUGGCCAUGGCCAUGGCAUCAGGACCAGAUGAGCAGAGUGACAAGUUGAAGAAGAGAAAGAAGAGAGGACUGCGCAGCUUGUAUUCUAUAUACCUUGAGGAGGACUUGAAAGAGAGGAUUCAUGGUUCUGAAUUCAAGUCGGACAAGAAGGCGAGGAAGAGAAAUCAAGGGCCAGAGGAAGAAAAGGGGAAGUUGAAAAGGGGAAGGAAGAUAAAGAAGAUGUACAGUUUUCCUUCUAAAUUCAAUGAUAUGGACUUGAAGAUAACGGUAGACGAUGCAGAAGAUGGUCCUCAUGAAGAGAAUAAAAGAAAACAACAUGACACUUCCUUGGGAAAAGGUUAUCUUGUCGAGGGAAUGUUAGAGGCAGCGUUGAUAAAUGAGGAAGAAGGGGUUAUUGCAAAUAAAACUGUGAGGGAGAAGAUGCACAAUGAGUUUGAAAAUGAUAACCUGGGUAAGAAUCCACCAAAGGAAACCACUUCUAGAGGUAUCAAAACUACUUCAAUGGCAGUACAAAAUAAUGUGGAAGUGCACGUGCUGGAAGAAAUAGUAGCAGAUAAGAAGCAUAGUUCACUUGAAUACACUUACCUAGGUGAAAAGAUUCUGGAUGGAUCUGGCCUUCAAUUGCUUGCUUAUGCUGCUUCAGUGGUUGAAGAAAAUACUCACAACAAGAGAAUGGAACAGGAAAAGGGAAAAAAGAAUGAGAAGCGAUGGAGGAAAAGGAAGACAUAUGAUGCCCAUGAAAGCAAUAAUAAAUUGAUACCAGAGGCUGCUGGAGGAUAGAGUAGAACUUCUGGUUUUUAGAAAUGAGAAGACCGAAUUUCAAACAACUAAGGAUCAUGAAGAAAGGGGCUUGGCAGGGGGAGGACUGAAGAUGGAAAAGUUGCAUGACUUGCAUCAAUCUCCUUGAGGAUUAUGAACCAGGUCAAAAUUCAUUGAAGGACAGUACCAUGGAGGUGUAGUAAGGCAAAACGAAUGUGAAGUCUUUUGGAAGUAAUGGUGCCAAUCAAAAGUUGGAGGAUUCCUUGCAAACAAUCACAAAAAAAGCAAUAAUAACACAGAAGAAAAUGAAGAUGGUGAAGAAGAUUUAUAAAUCCUCUGAAAUUGCAGAAGGUCAAAGAAUAGCUAGAAGCCGCUUUGGAAACAAAAGAAAAUCCUGAGUUACUGGACAGGAAAAAUUAAAGAGGAGGAAGAAUAAUAAUGCCCACAAAAAUAAUGGCCUGCAUCAAAAUUCAUGGGAGGAUAAUAGCAUGGAAUCAGAAAUCACAAGUUGCAUAAAAUUUGGCACCUGCUUUGACAGUGACAAAUAAUUGUGAGCAAAAUAUACUAUGGAGAGCAUGCAGAUGAAGAAGCAUGAUUAUCAUAAAAGAGGAACAGGUAACCAUGAAGUAGUGACUGUGGCAUGGUCCGCAUGGAAAAAGAUAAAGAGGAAGAAGAAAAAAAGGGCUCACUGCAACAGGACAUGACUAUUUGUGUCAAAAUCCAUUGGUGGACAAUUGUCCAAAUUGCCAGUUAUAAAAAAUUGCAGCUGCUUUAACAAUGGCUAAUUAUCAUGAGGAAGGAUAUAAAACAGAUAAGGUAAAAAGCAAUGCCUCGAAAGAAAUGAAAUAGACCAAAAGUUGGUUUGAGGUCAUGCAGGAAUUGUUGACUUUGGUCAAACUCACCUAUCAGUAACAUGGAUGGGACAAACUGUUAGGGGAUGGAUGAAGAAAUCUAAAGGCUCUCCAUACAACAAUGAAACCACGUGGCAUGGCAAAGAAAAAGGUAAAGACGAGGAAGGGAUAUAAUAUUCCUGAAAGAAAUUGGAGGAACUUAGAAUGCAGAGUCAAUGGCCAUAAAACUUCAUUUGGGGGUGGGGGGGUGUCUCAUUCCAUUGGAAGUUGAUUUGGCCUCAAAUGUUCCAUCUGAAGUUUGUUUGUUCAUGUUGACUGCUAAUCUCAAUAAGAUUUUCACCACUGAUUACUUGAUUUGGUAGGGGCAAAAAUAUGGAAAACUCAAGUUCCUUAUGUCAGGUCAAGGAAGAAUAAGUGUCACACCUACUUGUGAGUUUUCCAAGGUUACUGCUUCCUGUAAAUUCUUCUCUAAUGUGUAGUUCUCCUUUUGAGGGGAUGGUUGGUUCUAAGAUACCACUCACCUCUUUUUCGAUGAAUGCUCUAUUAGAGGAGUUCAGGAAAGAGGGUCGCUUCUCUGGAAUUUUUGCUCCUUUGCUCCCUUCAAUAUCUAUUGGAGAUUUUGGAAGAAAGAAAACAGUGUACCUUUGGUGGAAAGAGGUGCCCCAAGACAUUAUGUUUUCAGUGACCUUAUACUUCUGCCCCAUGUGAAGUUCAGUAACCUUCCACUUCUGUAAUAACUGUCAUGACAUUAUAUUUUCUGUUUCUUUUGAAUAUUGGUGUACAUCUUGUACAUGAAGCAUAGCAAUCAUGUCUUGUAAUUUAUGUAUGUAGAUCUUGUUGAUGGUAAUACUAUUUUACCUAUAAAACAAUUAACAAUGUAACAUUGGAAGAA